CUACAUAAACCCCAGGCUGGUCUCCAAACCCCUCGAGUUUUUUUACUGUACAGACUCUUCCUCCCCCCUUCUGCAGAGAUGUCUAGCAAGGGACCUGGACUCUUCUCGGCUAUAGGCCAGAAAUCUAGAGAUCUCCUCGACAAGGAUUUUACCUCCGACCAAAGGAUCACCAUUAACUCCUCCAGUGGUAAUGUUCUGGACUUGAACUCCACUUUGGUGAACAAAGGACGACUGUCUUCUGGCGAUCUGACAGCAAAAUUCAGGUGCAAUAAUAGCACAGUUGAUGUCAAAGUUGAUACUGAAUCCAAGGUUUUGACGACAGUUACAAUACCAGAUAUUGUACAGUCUACAAAAACCAUAGCUUCAAUCCAACUACCUGAUUACAGCUUAACCAAGUUGGAAGUUCAGUAUCUUCAUGAUCACGUAGCUUUUACUACUGCUGUUGGUCUAAACCAGUCCCCUCCUAUUGAUUUUUCUGCAACUAUUGGAACACCCACCAUUGCCUUUGGAGCAGAAAUGAGCUUCUCGACUGCUACAGGAAAGUUUUCAAAGUACAAUGCGGGAGUGAGCUUGACAAAUCCUAAUUCCAGCACAUCAGUAAUCCUUGCUGACAAGGGAGACUCCUUGAGGGCAUCGUACUUGCAACAUCUUGAUCAUUUAAAUGGGGGAGCUGUUGUAGGAGAGAUUAGCCGAAGAUUUUCUACAAAUGAGAACACAUUGACGGUCGGAUGUUCCUACGUAAUCAACGGUCAGACGUUUGUUAAAGCAAAACUGAACAACCACGGCAAUCUUUCGGCACUUUUGCAGCAUGAGGUUAUUCCGAAGUCAUUCUUGACAAUCUCUGGCGCCUUCCAAACCCAGGCUUUGGAGAGGAGUCCCAAGUUUGGUUUAGCAUUGGCUCUCAAGCCUUAAGACAGUUACAGAUAUUCAUAAAUAGGUACAAUACUUCAACAGUAUUCUCACUUCUCUCUCGAAUUAAUUAAAAUGGUAAUUAGAAAGUGUAAGAAAUGUAGAAUGCAGAUGUCCUUGAUUCUUAUUAUUUUCAAUUGAUUGAUUCAAGGUUGAGACUAGAAAAGUUUCUCUUGAUGAAUUUAGAAAUCUAUUGGAAAAGAAAAUGUAAUCAAUUAUAUAUCGACUGAUGACUCCGAAUUUUCCAAAUUCUCACGUUAUGUUUUCAAUCA